AUGUUUGCCGCGAUCGCAAGGACCGCAAGGACAGAGGCUCGGUCGCCCGCUCUUAGGAAUAUCAUUCCCAGACAAACCCAGACGCCACUGAGAUUGGCAACAAUGGCUUCCAGAAGGAACAACUCCUCCCUGCCCGCCGGCUACGUCGAGGACAAGUCCAAGGGCCCAAUGCUCCGCUUCCAAGACUCCCUCCCCAAGCUCCCCGUCCCAACCCUCGAAGAGACCGCGGCCCGGUACCUCAAGUCCCUCAAGCCUCUCCUCUCCCCCGCCGAGCUCGAGAAGAGCACAAAGGCGGUCCAGGAGUUCAUCGCCCCCAACGGCCCCGGCCGCAAGCUCCAGGAGAAGCUCCUCGCCCGCCGCGAGGACCCCAAGCACAAGAACUGGAUCUACGAGUGGUGGAACGACGCCGCUUACCUCUCCUACCGCGACCCCGUCGUCCCUUAUGUCAGCUACUUUUACUCUCACCGCGAUGACAAGCGCCGCCGCGACCCUGCCAAGCGCGCGGCGGCCAUCACCACCGCCGCGCUCGAGUUCAAGAAGCAGGUUGACACGGGCACGCUGGAGCCCGAGUACAUGAAGAAGCUGCCGAUUUGCAUGGAUAGCUACAAGUGGAUGUUCAACUGCAGCCGUGUGGCUGCCAAGCCGGCGGAUUACCCCGUCAAGUUUGACCCGGCGCAGAACAAGCACAUUUUGGUGAUCCGCAAGAACCAGUUCUUCAAGGUCGCGCACGAGGUCAACGGGCAGCAGCUUAAUACCUCUGAGCUGGAGCAGGCGUUCCGUCGGGUUUAUGAGCUCGCCGGGCAGCGGGUUCCUGCUGUUGGCGCCCUGACGUCGGAGAACAGAGAUGUCUGGACCGACGCGCGCGCGAAGCUCUUGUCUGCCGACCCCAAGAACGCCCAGUCCCUCGAGGCGAUCGAGUCGGCUUCGUUUGUCGUCUGCCUUGACGAUGCGGCUCCUGUGACGCUUGAGGAGCGCGCGCAUGCUUACUGGCAUGGUGACGGGCAGAACAGGUGGUAUGACAAGCCGCUUCAAUUCAUUGUCAACGACAAUGGCACGUCGGGUUUCAUGGGGGAGCACUCCAUGAUGGACGGCACGCCCACACACAGGCUGAAUGACUUUGUCAACGACGUCAUUUUCAACAACAAGCUCGACUUUGCCGACCCGACUGUCCGGAGCAAUCUGCCCGAGCCUCAGGUUGUCAAGUUUGUCGUCAACAAGGAGGUGCAGUCCGAAAUCGACAGGGCCAUCACCGACUUCAACAACGUCAUUGGCCAGCACCAGCUCGCGGUGCAGGCGUACCAGGGAUACGGCAAGGGCCUGAUCAAGAAGUUCAAGUGCAGCCCCGACGCGUACGUGCAGAUGAUCAUCCAGCUGGCGUAUUUCAAGAUGUACGGCAAGAACAGGCCUACGUAUGAGUCUGCCGCUACCAGACGCUUCCAACAAGGCCGUACCGAGACUUGCAGGACUGUUUCCGAGGAGUCAGCGAACUGGUGCAAGAGCAUGGCUGAUCCUGCCAUUCCCGACUCUGAAAAGGUGACCCUGUUCAGAAAGGCGAUUGAUGGGCACUUGGAGUACAUCUCUGCCGCGAGCGACGGCAAGGGCGUGGACAGGCAUUUGUUUGGCCUGAAGAGGUUGUUGGGCAAGGGGGAGGAGGUGCCAGCUCUGUAUCAGGAUCCGGCGUAUGGGUAUUCUAGCUCGUGGUACCUCAGCACCAGCCAGCUGUCGAGCGAGUUUUUUAACGGGUACGGGUGGAGUCAGGUUAUUGAUGAGGGGUUUGGGAUUGCGUAUAUGAUUAAUGAGAAUAGCUUGAACUUCAACAUUGUCAGCAAGGGCCUCGGGAGCGAAAAGAUGAGCUACUACCUCAGCGAGGCGGCCGGCGAGAUGAGGGACUUGUUGAUUCCUACUCUUGAGGCGCCCAAGGCCAAGAUCUGA